GCGGGCGCGCGCGCGCCGGGCGGUGUUGUGCGCGCGGAGCCGCCGCCGGUGCUGCUCGGCGACUGUCCCAGAGCCGUUCUUGUCCCGCCAGAUCCCCGCAUAGCCUGGUGUUGGAAGAUGCCGAGUCGGAAGUUCGCCGACGGGGAGGUGGUGCGGGGUCGCUGGCCCGGGAGCUCCCUGUACUAUGAAGUUGAAAUUCUGAGCCACGACAACGGCUCCCAGCUCUACACCGUGAAGUACAAGGACGGGACCGAACUUGAGCUGAAGGAGAGUGACAUCAAGCCUUUGACUUCCUUCAGACAAAGGAAGAGCGGCUCAAGCUCCAGCUCGCCGUCCAGACGCCGGGGGAGUAGGUCACGGUCGCGGUCUAGAUCCCCGGGCCGGCCCCCCCGAAGCUCCCGCCGAUCCGCCUCUGCCUCGCACCAGGCCGACCUGAGGGAGAUGAGGAAGGAGGUGCUGGAAGUGAAGCUGACCCCGCUCGUGCUGAAGCCGUUUGGAAAUAGCAUCAGCAGAUACAACGGGGAGCCAGAGCGCACCAAGAGGGACUGCACGCCGCCCAGAAGCACUCAGGAAAAAUUCCAUCUGUCAGAAGAACGUAGUUAUGUAUCUACACAGUAUAGCCUGCGGCCCAGAAGAGAAGAGAUCAAAUCGAAAGACAUGGAUUCUAAGGAAGAAAACAUUGUUUCGACAAGACGAUCUGUACCACUGAAAACCUCUGAAGCUCCAGCCGCGCCGACUAAGGACCUGGAGUUUGGGGGAGUCCCCGGGGUGCUGCUGGUCAUGCUGGGCCUGCCGCCCCUCCUCUGCCUGCUCCUGCUGAUGGGCCGACAGAAGGAGCCCGGCCUCCGCAGCUUCCCGCCUCCGUUGCCCGCCUGGCAGGACUUGUGGGAAACCAGAGUGUUCGGCGUCUACGUCCUCUGGGUCCUCCUGCAGGCUCUGCUCUACGCGCUGCCGCUCGGGAAGGUCGUGGAAGGGACGCCUCUUGCCGAUGGGAGAAGGCUCAAGUACAGACUGAACGGGUUCUAUGCUUUCCUCCUGACAUGCGCCGCCGUCGGGGGGGCCGUCUUCUGGGGCGCGGACCUGCACUACCUGUACAGCCACUUCCUUCAGUUCGCGCUUGCCGCUGCCGCCUUCGCCCUGGGCCUGAGCGUGUACCUGGCGGUGCGGGCAGCGAGGGCGCCUCCGAGUGCCCUGGCCCCUGCCAGCUCCGGCAAUGCCAUCUACGAUUUCUUCAUUGGCCGUGAAUUGAAUCCUCGGAUCGGUACUUUUGACCUCAAAUACUUUUGUGAAUUACGCCCUGGAUUGAUUGGAUGGGUGGUGGUGAACCUGGUGAUGCUUCUGGCUGAGAUGAAGCUGCAGAAACGAGCUGCCCCGUCCUUAGCGAUGAUUUUGGUUAACAGUUUCCAGCUCCUGUACGUGGCGGACGCUCUCUGGAAUGAGGAGGCGUUGUUGACCACCAUGGACAUCACUCACGAUGGGUUUGGAUUCAUGCUGGCGUUCGGAGACCUCGCGUGGGUUCCCUUCGUCUACAGCCUGCAGGCCUACUAUCUGGUCAGCCACCCCAAUGACGUGUCCUGGCCGAUGGCUUCUCUGAUUGUCGCCCUGAAACUUUGUGGAUAUAUAAUCUUCCGAUGUGCAAAUUCUCAGAAAAACUCAUUCCGGAAAAAUCCCGCGGAUCCAAAGCUCGCACACUUAAAAACCAUUCCUACUUCCACGGGGAAAAACCUCCUGGUUUCUGGAUGGUGGGGCCUCGUGCGCCACCCCAAUUACCUUGGGGACCUCCUCAUGGCCCUGGCAUGGUCCCUGCCCUGUGGCUUCGGCCACGCCCUGCCCUACUUCUACGUCGUCUACUUCGCCGUCCUGCUGGUGCACCGGGAGGCACGCGACGAGCGCCACUGCCGCCGGCGGUACGGCCUGGCCUGGGAGCAGUACUGCCGGCGGGUGCCGCACCGCAUCCUGCCCGGCGUGUACUAGCCGCCCCCCGCCCCGCCCGCCCCAUCACCACUGAGAGAAGGUUCCAGAGCCGGUCGUCAUCUGUCGCACCGACAGGAUCCUCUUUUUCUUUGAGUCCCGACCGUGGGGCCCGGCGGGCUCAGCACAGCUGCUUGUGGUCGCUCAGUCUGACACCCGCUGAGGAGAAGGGGUUGUUGGGAUCCGUCCUUGAGAUUCGGGGAACACAAGUUCUUCGAGUGCAAGGAGGAGAGUCCCGGUGACGUCUAUGGGCCUCGAGGACUUUUCCAGCCAUGACUUCGUUUUGUCCUCGUGUUGAAGCGAAACCACCUGUCCAUGUCUCUUGGAGAGAAUCCGCAUCCGCGGUCAGUGGGGUUUAAACACGUGCCCUGAGCUCUGUGUGAGCGGGGCCGGGCCAUUCUCUCCACCUCGGCGUCCGCAGCCGCGCUGGACAGUGAGUACAUAGAUUUCAUGUAAUAUAUGGGGACCGCAGAGCUUUCUGUACAGUAUUUUGAAUGUGAAAUAAGCGUUAGGACUAAGUAUCUUUUUAACGAGAACAUAUGCAGUAUUUUAAAUUAAAAAUUGUGAACCCAUUAGAAUUCAUUUAAGGUUGUGUAAAAGAAGCUGGUGAGACCGAGGGAGGGUGUCUUCCUCACCCCAGAGCUGGCGGAUUUGGCUUUGCUACCUCACGCGCAGGUGUCUGUUUUGCCUUUAUAAACUAUUGCAAAUAGAAAAAAAAAUAGAAUAAAUAUAUAUUUUUGGAGUAACAGCACUAUUUAAACAUUUUUACACAGAUUGGUUUUUGAAAACUUGCCAUUUCAGGCUAAUAUUUUUGUAUGUUUUUUACUUUUUUAAGAUAAAACUGUGAUUUUGCUACUGUUGAGGCCGUGCUGUUUAUACUGUACCCGUACGUUCCCUCUCCACGUGCUCCUCGCCGUCAAGCAGGGCGGCGGUCAUCUUUAGAAGCCUGUUGGUCUACACGUAAUUUAAGGCAGAGCCUCUUUAGGUUUUGUUCAGUUUAAUAGAUGUGACGGGGCAGCCGGAGCCGCGAGGUCCAAGCCAACACGGUCUCCUUAUUGAUAGUCCCGUAAGGGAGCAGCAGGCGCGCUGGAAGAUCGUGUUCAGUUCAGUGGUUCUUGGGAUGGAGGAGAGUGUCUGGGCUGCUGCUGCAGUGUGUAGACGAGACACAGGUGCGUGGCCGUGGGCGCCGUGUGUGACUUUGUCGGCUCUGGCACCCGUGGUCUUCCAGUGUGUUCUUUGUACAGACGUAAGCAAGUGGCUUUUAUUAUGCUUUUCUCCUGCAUCAGAAAGAGUGUCUCAUUCUGUACUCGAUUCACCAGUGAGGCUUGGGGAGGAAGGAGGAGAUUUAAGUCUUUCUCUGGUUAAGAUGUAAAAUAUAAAAAGACAGGUUGCAGUUUGUGGAUAUCAGCUAUGGUGUGUUGUUAAUUUUUGUUUUUGAAACGUUUGACAAGUUUUAUAAUGAAGUUUUAAGUUGGAAAUAAAGUUGGAAAUAAAAAAGA